AAUAGCAAAAAGACAAAAACAAACAAACAAUGAAAAGUCAAACACAGUGUCAUUCACUAGUGGGUUGAUAAUAAAAUUAAAGUCUUUGAAAAAAUCAAUAACUAAAUAGCCUUAUCAAUAGAGGAGAGGUCAAAAGCCUAAUCAAUAAGUUUCUUAAUAAUUCUUCCUUGAUGUUAUUAGCUGAUGUUUUUUGGGGCACAUAUUACUGGCCAUUGUCCUGAAAAUAAUGCUAAUUCUUGUGAUCUAUAUCCAUAUGUAGGUGUUAUGAACAGUGUUACAGUUGGGCGAAUUUAUUGGUUCUUUGUUUAGCAGCAUCUUUUCUCUCUGUUCUCAUGCCUCUUGAUGUCCUUGAUGAGUGGUGAGUAUCGAAUUGAGAGCCAGAGAUGUGAUUUGCCUGAAGUUGCCUAUUGGACAAAAUUAGGAUGAGGUGUGGUGUCUUGGGUUAUAGAUUUGCUCCUGUGACACUAAUAAUACCAUUAUUUUGUUUUUGAAUCUUCCUUGCUAGUCUCAAUGAUACAAUUAUUUUCCACUGACAACUCUAGCCCAAGCAAAAACCCUACUCUGGCCACAUUUAUGGAUAAAGAAAGUAUAUUAAUGUCUUAGAAUUGUCCAUUAAGGACAUAGUUUUACUUCUCUACUUUCUUAUAGUCAACAUAUGCCUCAGUGUACAUCCACACGAAAAUGGCCAUCAAUUGAGCAGAUGUUUAUGCCUAUUUUAGCAUCUAACGUGACUAGAUAAUUGAAAGAUAUUUUCCCUUUCCCUUUACAUGUGUGAUGUGGUACAGACAUGGCUUGUGGUUUGGAAUUUCAGAGUAACUUUCAAGAAAUGAAUGAAGAAAAAAACCCAGGAAGGAUGAUGUCACAGAAUUUUCUCUGUGGUGAUUUAUUUGCCUUGUAGUUUUGAGAUUGACUCUGCAAGUCAAAUCCUUAGCCAUCCCAGACCAUGGUACUUAGAAGACUUCUAGAAAAAUAUUAAAAUAAGAGUUUUGUUUGUUUGUUUGUUUUUUGGCUAGGCACUACCUACAUCCUUGUCAGGCUCUCUUUGUCCUGAAGGCUUAAGCAGACGUGUAAUAAAAUCUCUGGAGUCAGGGUGGAAAAAACACUUCAUACCACCUGGAGCCUUGUCAAGGAUAACUUGGCCUCUUGUGUUCCCAGACCUCAAGGGAGAUGUAUUUCUGCUGAGGGAUCAUGGCAGUGGGAGGUGGGGGCACCUUGAAUGACACCUUUUGUCUCUACGUUUGGAGACAAAGUUUCUCCACCAGAUGUAGAUGGCACCUUCUUGGUUCAGUGCUGAUUAAACGAGAAAAAAAAGGAGGAAAAGUUAUACAGUAAUUCAAGGGCAGCCGGGAAGCCUGCAUUUGCAGCGCCAGCAGCAGUGUGGUAAUUUGAGAAUAGCAAAUUAGAAGAACAAAGCAGAUUUUAAUCAUAUGCCACAGAGAGAAAGGUGGUUUAGGUUUUAUCUCCAAAUUGUACCUCCAUUAGAGAAAGGGAGGCUUUUAAUGCUAUAAUCCAAUAUUUAUUGUUAAAGAUUUCUUUGUUUCUUUCCCCUAGUCUUGCUUUGGUACACUCACUGGGUGGGAACUGCCAGCCUUUUUCCCAUCAAUGUACUCAGCAGUUGUUAAAUAUGAAGCAUUUUCUUGAUGUUAUUGGAAAUGGAGAGAGAGGGAGAGGGAGAGAAAGCAGGUCACUGAUUUUGAGAUUCAAGAGCUUUACCUUUUAGGAGAUUUUAGCCUCAAGCAAUACUCUCCCCUCCUAUCCUUUCCAUCCACCAUUCAUCUGUUAACCCAUCCACCCACUUCUCCACUCAUCCAUCUAACCGACAUUUACUGAGCAUAUGUCUUAAGGACUGGUCUGGGUACCAGAGAUAAAAAGGUAAGUGAGAAUAUGGUCCUUUCAGGUCUGGUAGAGAAGACAGACGCAUAGACAGAUUCAUGGUGGUCCUAUUAUGAUUGAAGAACAUUUGGAUAUUGUUGGAGCACAUAGAGGAAUCAAGAGGGAGACCAAAGGGCAGUUUCUUAUUGACCACAUCUGCAACUACUACAGCUUGCUGGAGAAGGACUACUUUGGCAUUCGUUAUGUGGACCCAGAGAAGCAGCGGCACUGGCUUGAACCUAACAAGUCCAUCUCCAAGCAAAUGAAAUCUCAUCCACCAUACACCAUGUGCUUUAGAGUGAAAUUCUACCCACACGAACCCUUGAAGAUUAAAGAAGAGCUCACCAGGUACCUUCUGUACCUGCAGAUUAAAAGGGAUAUUUUCCAUGGUCGACUGCUCUGCUCCUUUUCAGAUGCUGCCUACCUGGGUGCCUGCAUCGUUCAAGCUGAGCUCGGCGAUUAUGAUCCUGAUGAGCAUCCUGAGAAUUACAUCAGUGAGUUUGAGAUUUUCCCCAAGCAGUCACAGAAGCUGGAAAGAAAAAUAGUGGAAAUCCAUAAAAAUGAACUCAGAGGCCAGACCCCACCGGUUGCUGAAUUUAACUUACUCCUGAAAGCUCACACUUUGGAAACCUAUGGGGUGGAUCCCCACCCAUGCAAGGAUUCAACAGGCACAACAACAUUUUUAGGAUUCACUGCUGCAGGCUUUGUGGUAUUCCAGGGAAAUAAGAGAAUCCAUUUGAUCAAAUGGCCGGAUGUCUGCAAAUUGAAGUUUGAAGGGAAGACGUUUUAUGUGAUUGGCACCCAAAAGGAGAAGAAAGCCAUGUUGGCAUUCCAUACUUCAACACCAGCUGCCUGCAAACAUCUUUGGAAGUGUGGGGUGGAGAACCAGGCCUUUUAUAAGUAUGCAAAAUCCAGUCAGAUCAAGACCGUCUCAAGCAGCAAGAUAUUUUUUAAAGGAAGUAGAUUUCGAUAUAGUGGUAAAGUCGCCAAAGAGGUGGUGGAGGCGAGCUCCAAAAUCCAGAGAGAGCCUCCGGAGGUGCACAGAGCCAACAUGACACAGAGCCGCAGUUCCCACUCCUUGAACAAACAACUCAUCAUUAACAUGGAGCCGCUGCAGCCCCUAUUGCCUUCCCCCAGCGAGCAGGAAGAGGAACUUCCACUGGGUGAAGGUGUUCCAUUGCCCAAAGAAGAUAACAUUUCUGCCCCCUUGAUCUCCAGCUCACCAGUGAAGGAAUCCCGCGAGUAUGAAGAACCCUCAAGUGAAGAGGAAGAUAAAAUAAAAGAGGAGCCCUUGACCAUCUCCGAACUGGCAUACAACCCAAGUGCCAGUCUGCUCCCUACCCCAGUUGAUGAUGAUGAGAUCGACAUGCUCUUUGACUGUCCAUCUCGGCUGGAGCUGGAAAGAGAAGACACAGAUUCGUUUGAGGAACUGGAAGCAGAUGAAAACGCCUUUUUAAUGGCCGAAGAAGAGGAGCUGAAGGAGGCUCGCCAGGCUUUGUCAUGGAGCUAUGACAUUCUGAGUGGCCAUAUUCGGGUGAACCCACUGGUCAAGAGUUUUUCCCGGCUCCUUGUGGUGGGCCUGGGCCUGCUGCUCUUUGUAUUUCCCCUGCUCCUCCUCCUUUUGGAGUCAGGUAUUGAUCUCUCCUUCUUAUGUGAAAUCCGCCAGACGCCCGAGUUUGAGCAGUUUCACUAUGAGUACUACUGUCCUCUCAAGGAGUGGGUGGCUGGCAAAGUCAACCUCGUUCUCUAUAUGCUGGGUUGCUCAUAAAGCUCAUCUCUCAUAUGACUAAGGGCUAUAUUCAAUACUAGUGAUUUGGUUCUUUUGGCAGAUGCCUGGUUCUGAACGGUCACAGGACCGUCAACAGGUGUUCCUCAGUCGUAACUGAUUAUUCACACCUUUAAGUUAGCUUUCCAUCAUUCACUGCGAUUAAAUGAGUUCAAAUCAAAUACAGUUAUUUUAGUUACAGGUCAGGAAGACGGCCUCUAAAUAACCAAAAAUAUGUUUAUUUUUCUUAUAGUACAGACAUACUCUUUAUCUAUUAAUAUUCACUGAGCUGAAUUUAUGUCUCCUUUUUUUAAUAGCACCAUUAUAAGGUUCAGAAUCUGAAUUUUAGUAAAAACCCAAAAGAAGGUUUUUUUGAAUAUAAUCCUUAGUGAAAACAAUGUCCUUUAACCAAUGCCUAUACAACUAAAUUUGUGCUGGGCUUUUGUUUGUUUUUUUAAAAGUAUUUUUAUGUGUUCCAACUAUUUUGGUAAAUUUUUAGCAAAAAAAAAAAAAAAAAACCCACAAAAAACCGAAGCCCCCUGGAGUUAUUUAAGUGUACAGAUUGUAAGACUAAUGCACAAAGGGUAUGUCAGGAAUCUUUUAAUGUUUUGGCACGGGUUUGUUUUUUAAAAUAUUUUUUGCUGAACAAUCACAUAAUUUGUCGUUACCUGCAUAUGAGAUAGAAAAUAGGUAGGAAAACACUGUAGAGAGUAAGUUCCUGAAGUGGAUGAUGGACCUGGAGGAUGUAGAAAUUGAGAGCAUCAAGUGGACACAGGGUGGUCCAUUUUUCAACGUAUUUGGACAAGAUGACUUGUUACUUUCAUUUCCAUUCUGUCCAUGUAUUUUGGCUGGGGAGAUAGAAUGUUCUUCAAAGAAAGUGAAACUUUAAAGGAAACAAGUUAAAGGAGAUGCUAGUUAAUUGCAUAGUAUUGUGCAUUAACUCAAGAGUAGAAGCAGAUGGGAACUGGACAAAUGGCAAGUAGCAAAACGGAGUUCUGGUGAAGCUGGUAGGAAAGAGGUGGUGGUAGACAAACCAUCUAAAAUUCAUGAAAAGUGAUGGUGACGCAAGGUACUGAAUGAUGCAAAGAACAGUGUGCUCGCUGUCCGAGUUGACAUGACUGUGUUUAAGUGGAUCUAAAUAAAAGUGGAGAAACUUUGAGGAACUUUUUUUGGUCCCUCGUGCCAUUCAUUGAGAUUCUGUGGAAGACACUUUAAAAGAAGUGUGGGUUUGAUCCCUGGCCUUGCUCAGCAGGUUAAGGAUCUGGCAUUGCCAUGAGCUGUGGUGUAGACCCCUAGCCUGGGAACCUCCAUAUGCCGUGGGUACGGCCCUAGAAAAGACAAAAAAUAAAAUUAAAUUAAAAAAAAAAUGAAGUGUGUGUGUGAGAGAGAGAGAAAGAAUGGAUCUUGGCUUUUGAUAAAUGCCUAUGAUCUUCCCUUGUGGUGAUCAUUCUACUCUUUUCCUUUCCUGGAUUCCUGAAGAUCUUAACUCAUUCAUAAUCGGGGCUCUUAUUAAGACAGUGGAGGGGACUCAUUAGGUAAAAGACCAUUUCAGCUUGGGUGAAGGAGUGAAAUGACUCCCUACUCAGAUGGUAGAGAGGACAAAGGGGACCAAGGGGACCUUCUUUCAUACCAUUACAUUCAUGACAGAAAGGCUGUGACACCUUCCUUGUGGAGUACUUACCAGUACUGUGAAAGAGAAGAGUAGGGAGGAGUUCUCUUGUGCAGUGGGUUAAGGAUCCACUGUGGUCACGGCAGGGGCUUGGGUGGCUGCUGUGGUGUGGAUUUGAUCCGGCAACUUCCACAUGCUGUAAGCAUGGCCUGAAAAAAAAAGAGAAAUGAGUGUGGAUGGAGCUUAAGAUUUCUCCAUAGACUGUAAAUGAAGGCAUGGAAUGUUUUCAAAGGGAUUGGGCUGCCUGUCUCCCUAACCCUUCCAGCCCUGUAGCUCCAACGACUUUGUCAGAUAUUUAAUUUUAUAAAUAAGUUUAAAAACUCAGCUCAUGAAGUCUUCAGCUGAUCCAAUUAUAAUCUAAUUUGCUAUUAAGUUGAUAGGGUGUUGUUUUGCAUCUAUUUUGCUUUUUAAUAAAGAAUAUUUGAUACCUGAAAUUUGAUACCAAUGUAGAAAAACAUUUUUCUAUAGGUUAUUUGGGAAGUGUGCAGAUGGUCACCUUUAAAAUUGAGGUGUUCCCCCAACCCGCCCUUGUUAUGACUUAAGGUCAUACUUUCUGACAUGAGUACCCCAGUGUAGUCUGCACAAAAUUAGAUCCCCUCUUCUAAUCAUGCUUUAUACCAUUUUCUUUGAAGUUCUAACCAAAACAAAUCAUCUAGCCCUUGCCCUUUUAAACUAAUAUUGAAUAAUGUUGUUAAAAUUAUGAAGUAAUAUAUUACCCAUCAUAAAACAUUGAAAAACACUAAGAGGCUAAACAUCAUGCAUAGUCCAGCCAUGCAGAUUUAUAUUAAAGAAUAGUAAGUACAUAAUUUUAACAUUUCCAGCUAACAUCUCUUUCCUCUUAGGCAAAAAAUCACAGUUGAAUAGAAAUGUUUUUAAACGAAGGAGCUGACAGGAUAGGGUCUGCUGAAUUUAAACAAUAGCUACCAAAAGUAAAACUCAGAUCUUGAAAUGCCAUUUUGUCAAGAUAGUCAGUGUUUUUAGAAAAAUCUGCUUAAGUUGUCACAGAAGAGAGUCACCAGUUGCCUGAAUCAAAGGAAAAGACUGCUUCCAAAGAUGAAGAAUAUAUAAUAUAGUAAGAUACAGAAUUCUAAGCCAAGUGUGUGAGUAUAUGUAUAUUCCAUAUUAUUGGUACAUAUGUGUUCAUAUAUGAAUCUGUAUAUAUGUGUGUAUUUGUAUACACACAAAUGAUAUGCCCUUCAUCCAUAGUUGUUUUUAUUUUUCCCCAGUUGAGAAAUUUGUGACAUGCUGUUAUUCCUUUUCCCUCAGAUAUCAUAGUGAAUAAAACCCAGUCUCAAAGGUUUCAAUUUUUCAUGAAAACCACCGUGUGGACAUGUGUGGUUUUAUAUACACACAUAUAUGGCAAAUACAUAUACACACACAAUCUUGUCUUUAGUGCUAAUGCAAGUUGGAUCAUGAAAACCAUGUAGGUGAAGUACCGUGUAUUUCUGUCUGUGCUUGGAACUUACUGUAAAAUGUUAUGUAUCUGGAAUAUAUUUUGUGGUUUGUCUAAUAUCUUUAUAAAGGCAACUCUGGGAAGAAUUCAAACUGAAUUGGUUUCAUCGAAAUACUAGAGAUAUGGGGGCCAUGUUACCUGCGAUUGGAGCCUUAUCUUUGUAUAGUGAAAUUUGCAUUUCUAUGUUAACAUUCAGAUUGUUUUAUAUGUUAAUAUGGUGGCAGGAAUCCCUAAUAAAAAUACUCUGGGGAAAAAA